CGCUGAGGGAGCGCGGCUCCGCGUCGGACGGACGGAUCCCGGUGAAGGAGCGGCGAGAGGAGCGGCGUCUCCCCUCGCCGCGCGCUGAUCCCGCCGAUGCUGCCCCGACAGAGAGAGAGAGAGAGAGAGAGAGAGAGAGAGCACUGGUCCCGGUAGGAUGACGGCUCGAUCUGCGAGGGGAAUCUAGGGGAGACGAAGAUGAAGACAAGAGUGUACCAAGGGGUUAGUGGCAUCAUCAUCAUCACCAUGGUUACCAGCUUGAUGUUGGUGUACAACAGCAGCCCCGGUGACAGAUCAUCGUCCGCAUCAGCAUCAGCAUCAUCAUCAUCACCUCCCCGCCGUUUAGAUGCUGCUGGUUUAUCCACAAAGAAGCCAGAGAGACCGCAGAGACUCCCAACGUCAACACUUGAGGGAUACACAGGUGUCAUGGAUCAUAAGUCUCUGAAGAUGCACUGCAGGACUUGUGCCCUGGUGACAAGCUCGGGUCAGCUGACUGGGAGCAGAAGGGGAGAAGAGAUUGAUCGCUCUGAAUGCGUCAUCCGCAUGAACGACGCUCCCAGCGAAGGCUGUCAGCGGGACGUUGGCCAGCGCACCAGCCUGCGUGUCAUAGCUCACUCCAGCCUGCAGAGGGUGCUGCGGAGCAGACAGGAGCUGCUCAACGCGAGUCAAGACACAGUGUUCAUCUUCUGGGGACCAAGCAGCUGCAUGAGACGGGACGGAAAAGGCCAUGUUUACAACAACCUGAGGCUGCUAAAGCAGCUACUGCCCAGACUGAAAGUCUACAUCAUUUCUCGAAGCAAGAUGCUCAAGUUUGAUGAACUAUUCAAAAAGGAAACAGGGAUCGAUAGGAAGAUUUCCAACUCCUGGCUGAGUACCGGCUGGUUCACCAUGGCCAUAGCCCUGGAGCUGUGUGACAGGAUCAACGUGUAUGGCAUGGUGCCGCCGGAUUUCUGCAGGUCCUCCUCACAUCCCUCCGUGCCGUAUCAUUACUAUGAGCCCCUGGGGCCCGACGAAUGCUCCAUGUACCUCUUCCACGAGAGGAGUCGACGAGGAAGCCACCACCGCUUCAUCACGGAGAAGACGGUGUUCGCCAGCUGGGCUCGAACCCUCAACAUCCAUUUUCACCAGCCGGACUGGACGCCGGCCGCCGUCGUCAGCAGCAUGAACAGCUCGCACACUCCAGCACCAGCUGGAUCCUGAGUCUCACUCGACGGAUGAUCCCCAGAAUAGUAGGGUAUGAGUGUGGACAGUUUCCAGUGUGCAGAUUCCCAGUCCGGUCAAUAUGAAUGUACGUGGCAGCAGCAGGACAGAGCAGGCUGCGGAGGCUGUCAGGCGACUGCCAAAGCAGCUUAGCAGAACGGAAUGGUUGCAUAAGCAGCACGAAGGCUCAACAUUGUUUUGGAAGUGUAACUAUAAUAGGAUGAGUUUCAUACUGGAGUCAAUGCCAGGCUGGCUCAAAUGUGUGUGUUUUUUUUUCUCCCACCCACUCAUGUGUAGAGCUGCUUUAAUAACACUUGAGCUGUAGGAGAGCGGACAGAUGAUGAGUCAAUACACCACUGCAAUAACUUAGAGUACGACUGAUCCCUUUUCAUAAAUCCCAACUGAACACAGAUUGAUUGACACUGAGGUCUUGUCCUCAGUAUUGUUUCUGGGGUUUUGAUGACCUGAGAAAGAAUUUACAUUCUACAGCUACACACAAACAAGUCACUGUGUUUUCUGUCAAAGCUAACUGUGAUGUUUCUAGAGUCACUAUCUUUAAUUUUGUAGACUUUGAAUUGAUGUAUUUGUACGUUUUCAACAAGACAGUGUGAAUAAGACAGCAACAGCACAGAAUACAAUCUCCUCAUACAUGUCAGUGACAUAACAUGUCUGUCCUGUUAUACCGAAGUGUGGGUAUUUAUUGUUAUAUUAAAGCAAAUUAAAUAAUAUGAUUAAAACAAUCCAAACAAACUAUAA